CGGAGUAUUUUAUUUCAAAAGUUUUUAUAUGUAACAUUAUUUAAUUUCUAAUAUAUUAUUUCAACCAAUUAAAUUAAAUAAAUUUAUUUUUGUUGAAGGAUAACACAUGAUGUCGAAUUUGAGAGCCAUUAUUUAAAUAUUGAAGUAAUUUUUUGAAUCAUUUUUACUCUGCACUGCUCCGUAUUUGUUCUUGCUCUACCCGUCUUCUCAGAUUCAACCUGCAAUCGCCGUCGCGUUUCUCUCCUCGUCUUCCCGCCCGAAUUCAUCCCAAUUCAGCUCCAAUGUCGAUUCCGCAACGCGAAUCAUGGGACUGUAUGAUCCCAGGUCCACCUUCACGCAGCAACGGCGAUCCAAACCGGGAAUUCAGGAUCUCUAGUUCUUCGACCCUUAGUAACUCUAGUCAGAAACUGGGAAUUCAGGAUCUCUGCUGGAUCCAAACCGGGCUUGAUUCGUGGGCCAUUGCUGCUCUUUCUGGACCUUCGCUUUUGAGCAUCUACAGCACAUCAUCUGGUCGUUGCUUAUUCAAAUGCGAUGCUUCUCCGGAGCACUUCUCCUGCCUUUGCCGUGAUCCGUCCGAUUCCAGGCUUUUCUGUGCUGUAGGGCUUAAAGGCUUCUUGCUCUCAAUCAAAGCAUUUGGGGAUUCUGAAAAUGAUGUUGCUAAUAAAGAACUGCUAAUCCGUACGGAUGCCUCGGAAUUGCAGAAGCUGGAGAGGGAUUCAACUGCUGCUGUUAAUGGGUCUCCGGAAUUGGCUACAUUUCCUAAUUACAAAGGUUGCCCAGAGGUUGCGGGAAGUUCCUACAAGUCUUGCCAGAUUCAAAUAUGGAGGUUUUGUAUUGUGCUCAUCUUGAUGGGAUGAUCAGUAUUUGGCAAAGGAAAAAAGGAGAGCAGGUAUAUACAAUCUGUGCUAUGGAAGAAUCUAUGGCUUCACUUGGCUUAUAUGCAAGGUAGUCAAACUCGCGAGUUGACUCGUACGAUUCAACGAUUUUGAGGAUCGGCAGAGGCUUACCGAUCUGGGACGGCUGCAGAAUCGUGAAAUCCAUGGACUCGUUCGGAUCGACGAUUCGGCUCGUGGAAACGCAGGAUCGGCUACAAUCGCCGAGUCUAAGAAGUCCAAAUAGUGUCUCUUCGAAAUCUCCUUCCAAUCGAUUCUGGAACUGCAAUUGGAUAGUCGCGCCUGUUGCGACUCCCAAUUUCUAUCGGAAACAGCGACAUUUUUUUUCUCCUGGGAAUCCUCUGUGUCUGUCGCAGGCUUCUUCUUUCCCUCUACUCUCUUACAAUGUCAAUCCCUGCUUCAGCCACUCCAUUUAGUAGACCAAUUGCAAAAAAUGCUCCUGGGCAGA